GGGGACUCGUCGGUAGUCUUAUUGGGUAAAUCACUGUAACACUGAACUUCACCUCGACUUCGAUCAUUCGAUGAGCUCGCUACGUCUUGUCAGCAGCGUUGCGUUCAAGCGACAUUUAAAACUGUCGCCGCUAUUAUGGCGCGCCUAUGCAACGCCUGCAACUUUCAAACCCCAGGAAAAAGACCCUCAACUUGGCGAUUACCCUGACCUUCCAUGGAUUUCAAACCAGGAACUUCCUGCUAGAGGCUGGUGGGAUCAACAAAUGCGACGGAACUUCGGUGACCCGAUACAAGAAUAUGACGAAGUUCUGUCCAUGUGGGGCCCUGAUGCUCCUCCGGUUCCUCCGCAUAAGGCUUUGUUCCAGCUUUCUCUCGCCAUCUCAGCGUUCGUUGGCUUUGGUUUUCUAUGCAAGUACAUGCUUGUUCCAGAGAGACCAACCGUACCCCGGGAAUACCCGUACUCCGGUCUUGUACGUGAACUUGGCGGACUUGAAGAAAACAAGGUGGGCUUCCUCCACGUGUACACUCAAUGGGUCAAUUUGACCCCUGUUCUAGGCUAGAGAAGAGACUGAAGAG